GACGCGGAAGGGCGGUGCCUUAAGGGAGUUCCUCCCAAAGCGGCUAUUGGACGCUGGGUCGGAAGGAGCGGGGCGCUGAUUGGCCGAGGCGGCUGGCGCUCCGUUCAUUCGCGCUCUGGGCCUGGCUGUUUGUGUGAGGAGAAAGAAUCGCGGGGGGGACUCGAAGCGGAAAGGGCCUAACGGUCAGGCGGCGGCGGCUCUCUCUCUCUGAGGGGCCUUUCGUCCUGCGGCGCUUCCUCGCUGCUGAGGCGGAUGGCGACGGCGGGGGCGGCAACAUCCGGGAACCCCGGGGCGGCGGCGGCGACGACGGCGGCGGCGGCGGUUGUGGGCUCGGUGGCGGCGCCCGCGCUGUACGCGUGCACCAAGUGCAACCAGCGCUACCCUUUCGAGGAGCUCUCCCAAGGACAGCAGCUCUGCAAGGAAUGUCGCAUUGCCCAUCCUAUUGUAAAAUGUACUUACUGUCGAUCAGAGUUUCAGCAAGAAAGCAAAACGAACACAAUAUGCAAGAAAUGUGCCCAAAACGUUAAGCAGUUUGGAACACCAAAACCUUGUCAGUACUGCAACAUCAUUGCAGCUUUUAUUGGCACAAAAUGUCAGCGCUGUACAAACUCUGAGAAGAAAUAUGGGCCACCUCAGACUUGUGAACAGUGUAAGCAGCAAUGUGCUUUUGAUCGCAAAGAGGAAGGAAGAAGAAAGGUUGAUGGGAAGCUGUUGUGUUGGCUCUGUACUCUGUCCUACAAAAGAGUACUGCAGAAGACUAAGGAACAACGGAAGAGCUUAGGGUCUUCACAGACAAAUUCCUCCUCCACAACUCUAACUGAAAAAGACCAGCAUCAUUUGAAACACCACCACCAUCAUCGUCAUCAUCACCAUCAUCACCAUCGUCACAGCAGUGGCCAUCACAAAAUCAGCAGUCUGAGUCCAGAACAAGAUCAGGGAUUGUGGAAACAGAGCCAUAAAUCCUCUGCAGCUAUUCAGAAUGAAACUCCAAAGAAAAAACCCAAAAUGGAAUUCAAGCCAUCUAAUGGAGAUAGUAAUUCUAUAAAUCAGUCAGCAGACAGCGGAGGUACUGACAACUUCGUUCUUAUAAGUCAGUUGAAAGAAGAAGUGAUGUCACUGAAACGUCUGUUGCAGCAAAGAGAUCAAACUAUUCUAGAAAAAGAUAAAAAGUUGACAGAGUUAAAGGCUGAUUUUCAGUACCAGGAGUCAAACUUGAGAACAAAGAUGAACAGUAUGGAGAGAGCUCACAAGGAGACUGUAGAACAGCUACAGGCAAAAAACAGAGAGCUACUCAAACAGGUUGCAGCAUUAUCAAAAGGCAAGAAGUUUGACAAGAGUGGGAAUAUGCUGACAUCUCCCUAAAUCACUGGCUUUUUGCAUGAGUGUUAAUAUUCAGAAGGUAAAUGACUCUGUGGAAACAUUUUAGAAGCCUGUGUAGUAGGAAAAAUAUUUUUGCACAGAGUAGUUGGCAUGUUUUCCUACACUUUUUUGUAACUGAUAAUGCAGUGGGACUUUUUAAAGUUUAAACCAGUUGGAUUCAAACACUUCAGCUGGCUUGAAGAAAGUGGUUAAAAAAAAAUUAUACUGGAGGGGACGUCUUGCCAGUUAUUGGUGAUGUAAGAGUGCUCUUAUUUUUAGCCACAUCAUGCAAUAAUAAAUACAUGAAUGGCAGCAACUUGACAGAGUAAUCCUCUAAGCACUGCCUUUGUGAAGACUUCUUAAUUUAAAUUGAAUUAAUACAGAGCACCUGGACAGGAGCAGAACUUGCCUAGGAGCUAUGUAGACUCACAUUCUAAAAUAUAUAAAUCCGUCAACAUAUCACUAUCCUACCAGGGACUAGCUCACAAACAGAAGGGAAUACUGGAUACCUGGCAGCUGUGCUUUUUAUCUUUUGGUCAAGUAAAAAAAUGUUGAAGAGUUCAUUGAAUCUUGGUGCUUUUAUUAUAAGAAGCUUAAACCUAUAAAUAUAUGUAAAAGAAUUUUAACAAUUUUAUUCUUAGUGAUAACUGGUGUUUUGCAUUUCUUGUGAUAGAAAUUUAAAGAAAUUCUCUAUUGUAAGUAACAGAAGAAAAUGUGUUUUUUUGAAAAUAUACUGUAGACUUUUCUCUUGCAAGUGCCUUUCCUCCCAACUGUUUAUUUAUAGGAAUGUUGGUAUUUUGUAUAUAAGGGUGUGUUUUUUUCUUUUAAAGAAAUCAUGUUUAAGUGUUUCUCCAUGUGUGUGUAUAUACAUAAUAUAUGUACAAAAGAAUCACAUGCUAAGAUCAUAGUUGUAAGGAUGCUAGUGAAGGUGCUAUAAAAUGGCAGGCAAUGAUUUUUUCCCCCACUAUAGAUAAAUGUAACAUGUCUGUGUAGAGAGUAUUUGUCUUAACUCUUGUUGUGCCUAAUUUAAUAUUUUUUUGCCACACUAAAUUGGAGGGCUUCUAAAAUAUAUUUCUUCUAAUUUAGCUAAUUUACAUUGUAUUUUCAGUGGUGCAUUUUAAAUUAAAAUUAGCAGAAACAGUAUUUGAACUGUAACAAAUGUUUCUUUUGAUAACACAAAGCCUUUAUUUAAAUGUCCAGAUUAACCUGCCUUUUCAUUUCUCUGUAAUAAGGAAACAGCAGCCCACCCGCCCCAUCAGAAGUUUUACCAAAAACCAAGGGUGUACACAGUAGUUUUGUGGCAAAUAACUUGGGAGCCAAAGGAAAUAUCCCUAGAAAAGUCCCUGAUUUCUUCAUGUGGAGAACAAAAGCACCAGCCCUGUGGGUUGCACAACCCUCACUGGAAGACUGGCUGUAAGUAAGCCAUGUAGUUCAAGUGGAAUCAGUUCAGGCUGAAGCACCACAUGCACUAAGAGUUGGAUGAGCCUAAGCAGAAUGUCUCAUUCCCAAUAAGAGGCCAUGCAGAUAUGCCCUAGGUCAGUGGCUUUCAGACUUGGAUUCCUGGUAACAUAUGGAGUUAUCUGAAGGAAAAGAUGUCUUUUCUGCCACAACUGAUCUUCAGCUCAAAAUCCAGCUGCUGUGGGUGCUCUCCCAGUUAAUUCAGGGCAGUGGUAAGGCCUAAAAGAUCUGGCUAGAAACCAGCUGACCACCCCCUCCAUACAUGUCACUUGUGUUUUGCACAAGAGAUCUGCAGCAGGUAGGCAAGAAGUUCUUCAGCAGGUCCAUCAAUGUGCAAAUUAUUUUCCCUAAGGCAGAAAGUUUUGACAGGCACUGUCUGAAAGGAAUGGUGUGUAUUGUAAUUUUAAAAACAAACAAACAAACCAUAGUUUUUUGUGGGGUUUUCGAGCUAUGUGGCCAUGUUCUAGAAGAGUUUAUUCCUGACGUUUCACCAGCAUCUGUGGCUGGCAUCUUCAGAUGGUCCAGCCACAGUUGGUGGUGAAACAACAGGAAUAAACUCUUCUAGAACAUGACGACAUAGCCUGAAAACCCCACAAAAAACUAUGGCUGCCGGCCAUGAAAGCCUCCGACUUCACAAACAAUGAUGGGAAUACAGAUGGUUAGAAAAGUCACAGCUCAUUGUAAAAAGCAUGGUUUUCAUCUGCUUAAAAAUAAAGCUUUUCCAUACAAUGGGAAAUCUCUCUGUAGAAGGGUGCUCAAGUUAACACAUGUAGGAGUUGCACUUUUAGCUAGCAUUUACAUGAUUUUGGGCCUCCAGCUGCCUGAGGAUUGGGAGGAUUUAUUCCCAAGAGACUACUGAAUAAUUGUAAUUUGAAAAGAGACAAACAGCUGCUUUCUAAAAUAUUAAGAUUUUUUUAAAAAAAAUUGUACAAUAAGAUGAACUUUGUAAAUGUAUAAAUACUGUUUGUUGAUCUUAGAUGAUGAUACAGCUAGGGUAGAACAUCUUGCUGCUAUCCUAUUGGACUGUUCACUCAUUUCUUAUUUGGUUGUGUGAAUUUUUUUAAUUCCUGACUUCCAUUUCAGAGUAUUUUGAUAAUUUUUCCCAGUUGAAUGACUACCUGUAACUGGUGGAUUUGUUGUUUUAAAAAAAUUCACAGGAAAUCAGUUGACUUUCUGAUCAAGUCAUUUUCAGUGAAACCUGCUUAUGCUGCAACAGGAACAUUCUAGAGGAAGAGAUCUGAUCUUUCAGUUUUUGAAGUAAGGGGGUUAUACAAGGGCCAUCAUGAAAACAUUUGCAGACUUCACAGUGUUUGGAGAAUCUUUUUUCACUUUUGUUUUUUAAUUAUAUAACCUCUCUAACUUUUAAAGGCUAGAAACUAGCAAGUGAAAUCUUGGGAAUUGUAGGUUAUUUUCCAAAUGAAUUUUUUAAUAUAGCCUUUCGAGGUGAAACAUUGUACUUACGUGCAUCUAAGUCAGUUUUUUAGCUGUUAGCAUUGAACAAUAAGCAUUUCACUUGGGCUUGAGUUAUUUAUGUAUUUUAAGCCUGUGAAUAUUGCUGUUUCUUUUUAGUUACAGUGUCUGUCCAUUCUGGGGUGAAGCUGUUUGGGUUGCUAUAUGUGUAUAUACUGUUGAAAUUCUGUAUGGGCACACAUGUUGACAGUCAACAUUUUUGUACUCUUUUCUAAACCCAAUAUUUCACAAUAAAAGCUUGUUAAAAGAUCA